UCGUUAUCAAAUUGGCUCAUUGUUCGGGUUACUUACUUAUAAGCACAUUGAGAACUUUGUCCGUGUCCAGUCGUCAAUUCCAGCCACCUUCCUUCAAAAUGAGUCCAAGCUUUACUCUCGUCUAUAUUUUGGCCUGCGUCGCCGCAGUUUUUGGUGCACCAGGGACAAAGCAGGCCUUCCCUGAAGACCCAGAACCCAUUAACACGGUCACUGAAUGCGGCGGUUUGAUUGACACUUCCUCCGCCGCGCUCGAUUUCCUCGUUUCGGGUUCGAUUCCUGCUGGAACUCGGUGCUUGUGGACGGUCCAGGCCCCCUACGACCAUCAACGCUUCAUCUUAACCUCCUCCGGCCUUGGAAACACUAGCAGCAUCUACCUCACCGCGUACUCCUCCAACGCGGAACCUGGCAUUCAACAAAGAGUCACAACCAUCGGUCAGAACCACACCAUCGUCUCGAACGUCGUUCUCGUCACGCUGAUCGUUAGCGAAAACCAGAUCCCGAUCCAGCAAGGAUUUAGUCUCCAUUUCUUCUCCAGCGGGGACGCCGCUACCACCACGUUGGCCGGUCACGCCUCCAUCACCGCGGCGAAUGGGAGCUUCACUUAUCCCGCCGGCGGGGGUCAGUACCCCAACGACGACCAUCGUCUCUUCACCUUCGCGCGAAGUGGCACUCCCGCCCCGACCAUUCGAUUUACCCGGGUCGAUCUAGAAUCUGACUCUGAGUGCUCGUACGACUUUAUCCGAACGUACGUUUGGUUCGACAACCUGUAUCUGCAAGUUGCCAGAUUUUGCGGGUCGACGAUCCCUCCAAGUUUCACCAUUCCGGAUGGACUCGCUCUUCUCGCAUUCGGCUCGGACUCCAGCGUCACCGGGAGCGGAUUCACGUUCGAGUGGGAGUAAAACCAUUCAUUAAUUCUCCAAUAUGCACACUCUUUAAGUACAUUUCCAAAAAUUUGAUUAACGUGUAGUGUGUGUAGGAAAUAUUUACAUAUGCAUACCAAAUAAAUAAAUAUGCACUAAUAAAAAUUACGCGAAUAUUUUAGUCAGAAAA